UUAAACAUCGUGCUGCUCCAGUUUUGAUGCCAUCUCAUAAAGUCGGAAAGUGGAGAACUCGGAGUGUUCUACGCGGAGGAGCGGCUUCUGUGAUGCCUUCAGGUAUCUCUGAGUGUUCCAUGUGGAUGAGCUGCAUCUGUGAUGCCUUCAGGUGUCUGUUGAGUGGCUCGUGUCCCACACAGAGCCCCGGUGGUUUGGCUGCAGUUGUGUCCUCCGGGCUGCAUGGACUCUGUGGGAGGAGCUGUCAGCGCCUUUAUGACAUCACGUGUGUGACUCUGACGCUGGUGGAGAGAAUUGCAGGCGGCCUGGUGUCCCCGACUGGACCUCCUGAGGUGAGGUCAUACAUGCUGGAGGUCUUCACGUUGUUGUUUCAGCACGUGGACUUGAUGUCACAGCUGGUCUGUUAUUUUCAAUCAGAGGACCAGAUGAUCUCCCAUCUGUCUGCAAAAUGUGUCUCAGUCAUCGUUUACUACUGUCUGUGCACAUCGGGUGUGAUCAGUCCUGUUUGGCAGCAGAGGUGUGAGCAGGCUUUCCACACCUCCCUUCCUUCUGUUGAACUGGAUGCCUGUCUGUGGUCUCUGACCGAUGUGUUGAAAAGACUUCUUCAAGGACACCAUCAAGAUAGUCUGGAUAAAAUCCUUGCAACCUUUGACCCCGGUCUGGGUGCUUUAUGCACAACCUUUCUGCCUGAGGCGGCCAGCGGAGCAGUGCAGUCUGCUGUGGACUGUAGCAGGAGCCAGCAUUGGGGGACCACGUUCUGUCUCCUUGUUGACCUGCUGGAGGUGCUGACUGUGAGCAGCGGUAAGUCUGGAACCCACGCCUGUCUGAGGGGACAGAGGCUCACGGACAUCCACGCCACUGCGUUGCUGAGAACAGCCACAUCGGAGUCCUCAGAGUAUUUUGUUAAAAAGCAGGUUCUGCUGUUGCUAAAGAAGACGCUGCUCCAGAAGGCAGGGGAGGACUUGGCCCUGGGCGUGACGCUGGACCGCCACCUGAAACAUGAACACUGCAGCAGGGCACUGUGACACUGACUGAAUGCCCAGCUGUCCGGAGCACUGGUGGAUAACUGGUUUCAGCGUAUUCACCUGGAGUCUGCCACACCGUUCUUUGGAGGGAUGAGCCGGACACGGGGUGCCGAAGGCCAGUACCCAGACUGGGUCAUGUUAAGAGCGCUCACCCUGGUCCUGCUGAAGUCCAUAGAGCUGAAGGUCCAGACAGCCAGAGCUGCAGGACGAGUGGACUGUGCAGUAGAGGCUUAUGGGUAUCUCCAGGCAACAUGGGGCUUGUUGAGACAGUGUGGCGUCCAGCAGACAGAUGUCCCUCACUAUUGCUGCUGGUUCAUCCUGCUGUUUGGAGACCAGGAUGACGACAUGAUGGAGGCAGCCAAAGCUUUGCUCUCCAUAUUCCUCAAUCACAGGCUCGCCUCUGGGAUUCAUGAAGGUCCUGAGUUGAAGGAAACCUGUGCUUCAGGGUGCAACCCUCACUGCCACUUCCUGCUUCUGAUCCAGAACAUUUCAUAUGACCACAGCAUCCUCCUCGACUUUCUCAUCUCCACAGAAACCUGUUUUCUGGAAUACUUCAUCCGAUACCUCAAGUACCUGACAGGUGAUUGGCAGGGUUUAACUUUGUCUUGUCACAGGCUUGGUGAGUCUUGGCAGCAGGGUGGACGUAUCUCACCACAUGUGCAUGAACACAGAAGCAGUUGUAGUCCAGAUGUAGUUGAGUCCAGCUCCAGUGCUGAGAUGUCGGUGUGUCUACCACCAGAAGAAGUGGCCUGUGGGUUCCGCUUGGUCGACUACGACAGUUCAGAUGACUCUGGUCCAGAGAGCAUGGUGAUUUCAAAGGAUGAUCAAAAAACAAGGGAACCAGCAGCAUUUAUAUUUGAGAGAAGAGGAUAUGAUGACAUUGAUGAGAAGGUGAAGACAGCAGGACCAGAUUAUGAGACGUUAUCAGUGGUCGAACCUGGUCGACCAGUUGGGACAUUACCGCUGGCAGUGACAGGUGGCCAAAAGUCCUGUUCCGAGACUGUGCCGGGUUUAAGACAGGUUCUUCGUCCGGCCAAUGAAACGUGGAUCAGAGCGAUGAGGUGCCUCUCGGAGCUCAGGAGGAUUAUCACUCGGCUGCAGGCAAAGAAACUCUUCCCAUACAACCCCACUUCUCUUUUAAAACUCUUAACACAGGUUGAGACACUUAACUGUCCCCCACACUGACCCUGCCGCGGUUAAGUGUGUGACAACGCAUGGUCCUGAUCUGAGAGAGGGCACUGUAGGUCAGAACCACAGAGCAGCGUUUGUGUCUUUGGUGCUUGUUUUAAUGAGGAACUGAAGAGAUCCAAUGUUCAGAACCUGCAGGCUGUGGUUUUGUCAAUGUGUUCAUCUCGGUGUGAUGAGUGUCGAAGGUCAAUUAAUGAAGUUUAACAUUUGUUGCUGUCCCUUAAACUGAUCAGGACUUUUGACAGCGCUCAAAUAUUAUUUUGUAAUGUUUCUCAGUUUGUGUCUGUUCCUUAUGAAAGCCACAUAUGAAAAAUACAGAUUUUUAUAAUAUCACCAA